AUGCGACUCGCAUGCUCGGACCCAUUGUUUGGCAUUAAGAGCCGGUUAUUUUUCAUGAGGUGUUGGGCAAUGGAGGAUAUUGGGCUGUUCAAUCAAGGGUUGAAAUGGAUGCAAUCGAAGGACUAUUAUUCUGUGGCAUGGACUGUUUUGAGCUGUUUAAGAGAUAAGAUCGGGAUUUUCAUGGAACGGCAUUGGCCGAUGGUUUGUUGUGGGUGUGCAAAAUUUGGGAGGGUUUUGCUCUUUCUGUUGGUUUAUUGGAAAAAUUGUUCGGUGUCUGGAUUCCAGUCAUUUGUAGGGCUGGGAUCAGCUGCUCUGCUUGUCAUUAUGUGGAGUUGCUUCCUAAGCUUGACGUCAAUGUCCUGUCUUCUCUAUGUGCUGAUUAGUAUGGGUGCGGCUGGGGCUGCUGUUCAAUAUUUAGGCUACACUCCUGGACUUUUUAUCGUGGGGCUGGUUGCCAUUUUAAUUUUGUGGAUGUAUGCUAACUUUUGGAUAACGGGUACCUUGUUCAUAGUUGGGGGCUAUCUAUUUUCAUUAAACCAUGCAAGACUGCUGGUGUUCAUGGCGACCCUAUAUGCUAUUUAUUGUGUCCAAGUACGUGUAGGAUGGGUUGGAGUUUUUCUUGCGGUUAACCUUGCCUUCUUAUCAAACGAUGUAUUGGACUACUUGAUCAAACGGUGUGAUAAUCUGAGUGAAAGCAGUCACUUUGAGGAGCAAAAAGAAUCUGAUUCCUUUACAGAAGAUGAUUUCUCCACGGAAUGUAAAUAUUCUGCCCCUACUGAAGUAGAAGGAGAAGAAGAGAAAGAAAAGAUCCACUCAUAUAAAUCAGCCAGCAAACCUGCUAGUCCUUCAUCUUUUGUUGAAAGGCCAAAAGAAGCGGUUGCUAAGAAAGUGGUUAAAGAAGAUGCUGAUUCCAUAACUGAGAUGAAGAGAAUUUUAAGUAGUGGAAAUCACUAUGAGGCCCUUGGGUUUCCUCAGCAGAAAAAAAUUGAUGUCUUGUUAUUGAAGAAGGAAUACCGUAGGAAGGCCAUGCUUGUGCACCCAGACAAAAAUAUGGGAUGUCCACAAGCAAGUGAGUCGUUUAAAAAACUUCAAUGCGCAUAUGAGGUCCUUUCUGAUGCUGUGAAAAAGAGGGAUUACGAUGAGCAGCUUAGAAAAGAAGAAUCUAAGUGCGUUUUGCAGAAAUCAGCUAGCACGUCUUAUCAGAGUACCACUGACUUUUGUUCUGAGGAGUCAAGGCGGAUACAGUGCACAAAGUGUGGCAAUUCACAUGUCUGGGUUUGCACAAACAGAACCAAGGCCAAAGCUAGAUGGUGCCAGGAUUGCUGUCAGUAUCACCAAGCCAAAGAUGGCGACGGGUGGGUAGAGUAUAAAGGUUCUCUGGUGUUUGAUCAGCCCCAAAAGGUGGAGAUACCUCGUGCUUUUGUAUGUGCUGAAAGCAAGAUUUUUGACGUUUCAGAGUGGGCAAUAUGUCAGGGCAUGGCUUGCAGGCCCAACACCCAUCGACCCAGUUUCCACGUAAACAUGGUCGGGCUUGAUAAAUCAAGCCAAAGAUCCAACUCUAGCCGGUACCCAUGGGAUCUUGAUGCCGAGAUGAUGGACGAAGAGGAUGAGUUCGAGAUGUGGCUCCAGCAAGCCCUUGCUUCUGGCCUUUUCAGUGAGUCCUCCAAACGCAGGAAAAGUUGGAGUCCCUUCAAACUGCCCCAGAAGAAAGGGAAAAAGCAGUGGCGGAGGGCAUCUUAG